AUGAAACUCUUGCUACUCAGCAUCCUAGCUUCUCUUGUGAGCGCUGAUAUCAACACUACAAACAUUUGGUCGGCACCUUACAUUUCAACCAAGUGCAACGGCAAAGAUGCAUCCCAGUUUCCCUCAAAUAGAAUUUUCUUUCUAUUAGUGAUGGAAUUUGGGAUCAUGGGACGGCUUGUGGUCGGCAGUACUUGGUACGAUGUCUAG